AUGUUGUCAUCAACAAGUGAAAAUUUAUUAUCGAAUGAUUCAUUGAACAAUGAAUUAUAUUGUCCCGCUUUAUUUGAUAAUCUGUGUUGGCCAAAAACUCGUGUCAAUCAUUCAACUACUAUUUCAUGUUCACCAUUGACAAUGCGAGGAGUUGAUUCUAGCAAAUUUAUCACUCGUCAUUGUCUUUCAACGGGAAAUUGGUCAAAUGUCUCAUAUGAACCCUGUGUUUAUCCGGAUGUAUGGGAAUUAAUGAAGACAUUUUAUAUAUCAAGGACACUUCAACAAAGAAAAGCUUAUACGGAUAUUAUUCAAGCUGUGCGUAUAAUUGAAUUAGUUGGAUUAUCAAUAUCAUUUAUCAGUGUACUUGUUUCUCUUGUAAUAUUUUUUACUUUAAGAUCUCUUUACUGUAGUCGUACAAAAAUUCAUAUUAAUCUUUUAUUAGCAAUAUUUAUUCAAAUAAUUGCUCGAAUAGUUAAUUAUGGUAUUCAAAUGAAACAAUCGAAUAAUUCUCCACAGGUAGAAUGUGGUAUUGAUGGAAGUGUUCAUCGUCAUGGAAUUUCAUCUUUAUUUAAAAAUAUGUGUCCAUUAAUUGUCAUAUUUUUACAAUUUAGUAUAACUUCUAUGUUUAUGUGGAUGUUAUGCGAAGGCAUUCAUCUUAAUAGCAUAUUAACUGUUAGUGUAUUUAAAAAUUAUUUUAAAACAUUUUAUUUUUAUAUACUUGGAUGGAUUGUUCCAUUUUGUAUAACAUUCAGUUGGAGUAUUAUUAUGUUUGUUAAAGAACGUGAUCGAGAAUGUUGGGCAAAUUAUAAUUAUCUUAAAUAUUAUUGGAUUAUUGAUGGACCUCGGUAUGCAGUAAUGAUUAUAAAUUUUCUAUUUUUAUUAAAUAUAAUACGGGUUCUAUUAGUUAAAAUCAAAGAAGGUUCAGAAAAACAAAUACGUGAUGAUAUUAAUCAAUCAGAUUCUCAUGGUGCAUUAUCCCAUUUAAAAUCUUGUAUAAGUCGAAAACAUCGUCGUGGUUCUAUGAAUACAAAAUUUGUCAAAACAGCAGUAAAAGCAGCCAUUUUUCUAUUACCUCUAUUGGGUAUUACACAUAUGCUUGAAACAUUUGUUUCACCAGAUAAAAAAUCAAUUGUGUUAUUUGCUCUGUAUUGCUCGGUGACUUAUUUUUUAGUGACAUUUCAAGGGUUUUUCUGUUCAUUACUUUAUUGUUUCUUAAAUACAGAGGUUCGUGAAACAUUAUCUCGUCGUCUACAAACCAUACAAAUCUGGGUUCGAUGGAAACGAUGGUUAGGACGAAAAGAUCAAUAUAGAGAUGGUACAAUUAAUGGCGAUGAUCGAACACGAUUAGAAUUAUUAAUUCCUCAACCAAAUUUAGGAACAAAGAUGGCAUUUGAAAUGGAUGAUCGUGGAAUAAAAAAAUGA